GUGAAGGCGGUGGCUCGCCAUAUUGGGAGCGUUGGGUCGGCUGCAGCCCGGAGGCCGCUAGCUCCAAAAGGAAGCGGGGUCGGCGGCGGCGGCGGCGGCGGGCGGGGUCGGCGGCGCCAUGAGCGGGGGCACGCCCUACAUCGGCAGCAAGAUCAGCCUCAUCUCCAAGGCCGAGAUCCGCUACGAGGGCAUCCUCUACACCAUCGACACCGAGAACUCUACCGUGGCCCUUGCCAAGGUUUGUUCAUUUGGAACUGAAGACAGACCAACUGAUCGGCCUAUACCACCUCGUGAUGAAGUAUUCGAAUAUAUUAUAUUCCGUGGAAGUGAUAUUAAGGAUUUGACUGUUUGUGAACCUCCGAAACCACAGUGUUCUCUUCCCCAAGAUCCAGCAAUUGUUCAGUCUUCCCUAGGUUCAUCGUCUACUUCUUCAUUCCAGUCUGUGGGUUCCUAUGGUCCUUUCGGCAGAAUGCCGGCCUACAGUCAGUUUAGUCCAAGCCCAUUAGUGAGCCAACAGUUCGGGGCUGUUGGUGUUGGAAAUUCGUUAACAUCGUUUGGAACAGAAACUCCAGCAAGUACUAGUUUGUCCCAAAACAGUGCAGUUGGUUCCACUUUUACCACAGAUGCAAGAUCACUAAAAACACAGCACUCUCAAGCUCGGUCAACCCCGCCUCCCUUAGAUCACUUGAGAAAGAGUCCAACCCUGGAACAAGCAGUGCAAACUGCCCAUUUACCUGCCUCAGUCUCAGUUGGGAGAAGUUCUAUUUCAAACCGACCACUUGGGUCUAUCAACCAAAAAACAUCAGACCACCAGGAUCACAGGAGAGCUGAAGCACAGAAGGUGACAAGAUGUGAAGCAGAACAUCUAAGACAUGAAAACAAGCGACCAAUAGUUCCAGGUGCACCUUCACGGAGGAGUCGGGGAGGUCACCGGGGAGGCCGAGGAAGGUUUGGUAUUAGGCGGGAUGUUCCCAUGAAGUUUGAGAAGGAUUUUGACUUUGAAAGUGCAAAUGCACAGUUUAAUAAAGAUGAAAUAGAUCGUGAAUUUCAUAAUAAGCUAAAACUGAAAGAGGAUAAGCCUGAAAAACCUGUGAAUGGGGAAGAUAAAGGCGAUUCAGGUGUUGACACCCAAAACAGUGAAGGCAAUGCAGAUGAUGAGGAUCCACUUGGCCCCAAUUGCUACUAUGACAAAACCAAGUCUUUCUUUGAUAACAUUUCCUGUGAUGACAACAGAGAUCGAAGACCAAACUGGGCAGAGGAAAGAAGACUAAAUGCAGAGACAUUUGGAAUUCCACUGCGUCCAAACCGUGGUCGGGGAUUCAGAGGCAGAGGGGGAAGUGGAGGAGCUGGUGGCUUCCGGUCAGGUAGAGGACGUGGAAACACAAGAGGACCCUUCAAUGCUCCUCGGGGUUUUCGUGGUGGAUUCAGAGGUGGCCGUGGUGGCAGGGAGUUCGCGGAUUUCGAAUAUAGGAAAGACAACAAAGUUGCAGCAUAAUCUACAAAGAAUUUGAAAGCAGGUGGACUUGCUGAUCUUCAUGGUACCGAGGUGGUGUUGGUUUUUAUAAAGAAUUAUGUUCAUUUGCUGUUAAAACUUCACCAGCACUAGCGUUUGUUUUUAAUUUCAAAGGAGCAGUAACUUUUUUAAAAAAUAUGGCCAUCUUCAAAAACAAGAAUAUUAAAUAUAUUUGAGAUAGAAAACUUAAAUAAUUUCUUACAUAUAGUUAAAAGUAUAAAGCAGUACUUCAGUGGAGUUUUAGUAUUUUUUUUCAUUACAAAAAGGGUUUUUCUGAAUUAAAAUUGUAUUUUAUAAUUGCUGCAGGCUAUAAAGACAAUUGUAUGCAGAAGGCCGUCAGUACUGUGAGUGUGUUGAUCCAGUGAAGGUUGUAUUUGAAAUCCUAUAAUCUCUCUUUUCAGAUAGUUGUAAUUUUUGUCAAAUAGGAUGCUGGGCAGUAAAAAAAAAUUGGUUAAAGAAAGUAUAAACAUGGAAAAUGCUGUUUCUUAGGCAAAGGAAGCUUUUAUAGUUGUAUAAUUCCAUGAUUAUCCCAUUGCCAAAGAAACACUAGGGAUUUUGUAUAGCUGUAUAAAAAGCAACUAAUUUUUUAAGAAUAAACAUUUUUAAGUCUACAAAACUGCCGUGUUGAAAUGCUAAACACAUGUUUGGAGGGUUUCUUUCUAGCUUUUCAGCUUUAAAUUUGUUUGUUUUUAUAUUUUGACUACCAAUAAAUAUUUGAAAUGUUCUUCCAUUAUUCAGAAGGAUUAAAAUAUUUCUCUUGCAAGAAAUCCAUUUUCUAGUUUUUGGUCUUGCUGUACGAUUGGACCACACUAAGGGACUAUUUAGGUAAAGAUAAAUCUUAACAUUUUAUGCAGUUUGCAGGUCACGUUAUGGUAGUAAGUGAAAAAAGAGCCAGUUGUGACUUCUUGUUCCAGUUGAUGUGCCUGGAAUAAAAAUGAAAUGUCUCUGUGUGUCGAUUCUUAAAAUGUGAUUUUGUAUUAUACUCAAUUAAGAAUGAUUUCUUAGUGUCUGCGAUUGCCAGAGUUUUGAUGGACUGUAACUUGGAGACAUUGACUGUUCAUUUUUACCCCAGUGUCACUAGAGUGCUUUUGCUUGGAGUAACUGAGGUUAAUUCUGAAUAACUAGUUAUGACUUCUUUUGCUAUUAAGUUAUAAUUAGAUACAGAUCUUUAAUAAUUUGUAUUUUUAUGUAUAUCUGAAAGCCGCAAGAAUAAAGGGAUCCAAAGAUUAAAAUAUUUUAUCUAAUUUGCUGAAUUUUUGUUCAUUUUCCUUCGUGUUCAGUAGUGAUGAAAUGUGGAUAAAUGCACUGUUAGCAAAUGGGAAUAUUAAAGUGAUAGAAUCGUAAUUUUAUAUUUUUUGUAUAGCACUAUAAAGAAGUAUUUUGUAAUUCAUUUCCACAUGAGGUCAAGUAUUUGACAAGUGUAGAAUUAGAUACUAUUGUUUAGUAAUAUUCUGCAUGUUAAAGCUUUUUUG